AAGGAAAACAAGCAAACGCAUACGUAAGAAAAUAAAGAAACGACGAAUAAGGGAAACGCAACAAUCACGUUCGUUUUUGUUGGAUCCCAAAGUUUUGAAACUUUCAUGGCUUUGUUGUGUUGUCUUCUUCCUUCACGCCACACUCUUCUCUCUUCUCUCACAAACAAACCCUAGCCUGAGAGUCUGAGACUAACCCUCCUCGUCCGUCGUAUCCAACUGAACAAAAAAAAAAAAAAAAAUGACCGAAGAUGAAGAACAGCUGAUUGGUCCAUUAGAUCCCAGUUCGUCAAUGGUUGUCAUCAGAGAUUCCCCAAUUCACGAUGACGUUGUUUUCCCGCCGAUUUACCACGAGAAUCUCGUAGUCGAUUCUUCCAUCUAUGGAGUCGAUACGUAUCUCGAAUCUCCGUCGGAAUCCUCGUCUCCGUCGUCUUCAUCGAGACACUCUGGUUCUUCUUCUUCUUCUUUUUCGUUGUUCCCUUCUGAUUCAGAUGUAUUACCAUCUGAAUUCGACCGCAAGUCUCCGUCGGAAACUGAACAGAAAUCUCCGCCGUUACUAUUAGUCGUCGGUGAAUCUCCACCGUACGAUUCAGACAAACAACCAAAAUCUCCGCGAGUUCCCUCUAAACAAGGCGGCGGCGAUUCAGACGGGAAACAAUUGAAUCGUGAAAUUGAUGUCUUUGGAGAUUGGUGGGAGCUUCUUCUCGUACGUGUGUACUCGAAAUUGAAGAAUUUGGUCACCUGGUUCUCAGUCACUCUCCGGCCGUUUUAUCCAGUUCUUGCUAUUGGGAUUUGGUGGUGGAUGCGUGCACGAUCUCGUCGGAAACUUGUCAAAGGUGGAACCACCGAUCAUCUUCGAGAUGCCAUCAAAGAGAGAGACGAGAGGAUAGUUCAGCUUUUACAUCAGAUUGCUCAGAUGAAUGAGUUACUGAUUAAGCAUCACAAGGACAUCGUAUCAAGAAGCUGAUCGAAUCUUUUUUUUUUUUGUUUCUUGUUUAUAUUCUUUUGCAAAGUCACCCAAGCUCUCUGUAAAAUUUCUACAUCUCAAUCUCUCAAAAUUUCCCAGUUGUAAAAUUUCUACGAGUCAGAGUUACUUCAUCCUUAGGAAUCUGCUAAAACACUUCUUUUGAAGUGAAAAAGGUACUUGCUUGAA